UAAAUUAAAGAAUGUUAUUGUAACAUUUGAAAAGGAGCGUGAUGCAACCAAAAGAGCUUUUGAUUUGUCCAAGAAGCAAGUGGAUGCAGUCUUGCGUGAGCGUGAUCUGGCCAGAAAGGACUUGACCAAGGCCAACAAGAUGACUUCGGAUCUCAUGGAUCAGAUAACUUUAUUGGAAAAGCAACAGAAAACGCUUGAAAAUGAAAUUAAAGGUUAUCAGGCAGCCGCCCAGAAGCAAAGUAUGCUGAUGCUGAAAAUUGAAAAAGAUCGCGAUAGGAAUGCAGAAGAAGCCCAAAACUUGAGCGAAAAACUUGAGCAAAUGAAUGAAGAUUUGUUGUACAAACAGAAUCAAAUCACAGAAUUGCGCGAGAAGCUAAAGGAAACUGAAUCGAAGCUUUUCCAGUGUCAGAAUUCGUUGGAGAUGACCAGGAGUGAAAGGAACAUCUUUGAACGCGAUUUAGCCACAAGUAUUCGAGAUAAUGAAAGUUUAAAGGAACGUCUGAAAACAUCUGUGCACUCCGUCGAUCAGCUUAAGGAUGACAACGCAUCCAAAGUGGCUGAUCUGUUCAAGGCAAAUAAGACCAUUGACAAAAUUGAAAAGGAAAAACAGUCGCUGAAAACAGAAGUGCAAAACAUUUCAAUUACUCUACAACAUACCAAAUCAGAGCUCAAUGAAAAGAUGAUGGAAAAUGCUCGACUGAAUAAGACGCUCACAGAAGAUGCUGCAACCAUGACUCGGUUGAAGAAACAGCUUGAUGGAACAAUUAAUGAAAAAGACUUGAUAAAAGUACAAUUGACGCAACGUGUAGAAGAGAUUAAUAAUCUAACCGAAAAGUUGAAUAUGCUUAAUAUGGCAUUGGAUCGAGGAGAAAGUCAGUACAGAGAUCGGUUAGACGAUAUUAGACUGCUGAAAAUAGAGAUUAGUAAUCUAAGAUCGCAAAGAAAUCUUCUAACGAGAGGGUUGGCUAAUACAGCUGACAUGCGACAGGAAGUGCUCCAGUUGAACCGGGUGCUAAAUCAAGAACGCGUGAAAGCAAGAGCACUUGAAGAUGAAAUGUUGACGCCAAUGAACGUUCACCGAUGGCGCAAAUUGUCAGGGAAAGAUCCGGAGAAGAUGGAUCUCAUAGUGAAAGUGCAAACGUUACAGCGUAGAGUUCUAUACCAAUCGGUAACUGUAUCCGAGCAAGAGAAAACUAUCAACGAGUCAGACAAGAUGUAUGGCGAGUUAAAAGAUGUUGUAGAGAAACUACCGCACCAGAAAAUGAAGGAACAGUUAUGUGCUACACAAAGAGCUCUCACUGCGCGCACUAAGAAAUUGAAAGCAUUAUCAGCAGAGAUUCGCAUCAAGGAGAUCGACAGCAAAAGCCAAGAGUGCCUGGUAGAUGAAUUGAAGAAAUCUCUCUUAGAAACCAAAAAGGAACUUGUUAAGGAGAAACGAGAGAAACAAAAGCUUACGGAAACAAUGCGCAAUACUCUGAUGCCAGCCAAUGGGGUUCGUAGACCGUCCACUCAUCCGUCGAAUGUUAUUAUGGUUCAGAGAAACACUACCAGCGGAGGCUAUCGAAUGCUAGGAUCCGGGUAUAAAAUUAGCUGUUGAAAUGGGCCCUUCUAAGUGAUGAACUAUUUUGAGAGGUGAAAUAUAUUUUAGAUUAUUUUAGUUUCUUGUCAAUAGUCACUAUACCAGAUAUCAGCAUUAAAUUUCGGCACAAAUUUAUCAGAUCUUGUAUCAAAAAGCGUCACAAAUAAAUGUCCAUUAAUAAUAAAA